AGCCAGGGGGGAGGGGCGCCCCCCCGCCGCCGCCUUUGUCGGGGGCGCCUCGCACCCCGGGCCCCCGGGUUUGCUGCGUCCCGAGGCAGCCCCGUGUAUGUGUCUCAGCGCCUCUAAUACACGAUCACAGAAAUAACAAGUACAACAAAACGUCGCCCACUGCCAGUUUCCCAUGAUUCCCCUCCACCUUGGAGUAGAAUCACCCGGAACAAUUUUUAGUCAUCUAGCUCUCUGAAAGCAUCUUAUGAAGAUUGGCUGAUGUCAUAUGGGCUGAGCAUCUCUCCUUUUCAUAUGCGAUGGCAAACUGCUCUCUUCAACCGUCUAUUCUACAGUUGGGGACGAUGGAAACCCAGAUUUCUUUAUCUAUGGUUCAGUAUAGGAAUGGUGUUUGGCAUAGUUGCCAUGUUUGGUUCUGUUGUUCUCCUUGGAAAGACACUGAUGCAGACACUGACACUGAUGAUAACUGAGGCCCCUGCAGGCCAGAAUGAUCGUAUGUUGCAAGUCGUGGUGCCUGGUGUAAAUCUGCCCAUCAGUCAACUGACGUAUUUCUUCACUGCAAUCCUCAUCAGUGGUGUUAUACAUGAAGUCGGCCAUGGGGUGGCAGCUAUUCGAGAACAAGUACGGUUUAAUGGAUUUGGGAUUUUUAUCUUUAUUGUAUAUCCUGGAGCAUUUGUCGACCUUUUUACCACCCACUUGCAACUUAUAUCUCCAGUCCAGCAGUUGAGAAUAUUUUGUGCAGGUGUCUGGCAUAAUUUUGUUCUUGGUGUUGCGAGUCUCAUAGUUCUGUUCCUGCUGCCAGCAAUUCUUUUCCCAUUUUACUACACAGGUGUUGGGGCACUUGUCACUGAGGUCACAGAGGAUUCUCCUGCCAAUGGACCCAGAGGUCUUUUUGUAGGGGACCUUGUAACUAAUCUUCAAGACUGCUCAGUUCGUGGUGUGGAAGACUGGAAUUCCUGCCUAGGAGAGAUCUCGCAGAAGACACAAAUUGGGUACUGCAUAAAUGCAGCAACCCUACAGCAGUUAAGCUUCCCAGCCAGGGUCUACAGAAGACUUGAUGGCACUGUUGAAUGUUGUAGUAACAGCAGCCUCACUGACGUUUGCUUUUCAUACAGCAAUAACUUGGACAGCCACCUGUAUGCCUGUCUGCCAGCACGAAAAGCUAUUGAGGCCAGCCAAGUCUGUCGAACCAACAUGGAUUGCCAGAAGGAUUUUGUUCCAAGUUUGUGUGUGACACCUUCUUUAGAAAAUCAGACGAGACUAAUCAGAGUGAAACAUCCACCCCACGUUGACAUGUUGUUUGUAGGACACCCAAUGCAUCUUCAGUAUACAGUGAGCCUCAGCAGUUUUGUACCACGACAUAACUUUCUAAGCAUUGAUCUGCCUGUGGUGAUAGAGACAAUGUGCAAAUAUCUAAUUUCACUGUCAGGAGCCUUGGCAGUUAUCAAUGCAGUACCCUGCUUUGCACUGGAUGGUCAAUGGAUAUUAAACUCUUUCCUGGAAGCCACUCUUGCUUCACUGAUUGUAGAGAAACAAAACCGAGAGCUUGUUGGCUUUUUAAUCUUGCUUGCUGGCAGUGCACUUUUGGCUGCCAACGUGGCACUGGGACUUUGGUUGGUGACAGCCCGAUAGUAUAUUGGAAACAUUUCUGCAUCUGAUUACUUCCAUGAAUUCUCCAAGUACACACAAAGUAAUGAAAUCCAUUGCCUUGUAAAACUUGCCCUGUCUGAGAUAGGAAUAACUUCCUUAAAAUUCCAUUGGAAGAAAGAUUGGUGAUUGGAGUUGUAUGUUAAUUUAACUCUGCAAAAUCUUGUGCAGAUAAUGGAAAAGUUUAAAGAGUAAGAACUCUUCUCUUUUAAUAUUGUUUUAAAAGCACUGUGAUCAUUCUGGAGAAAUUACACUGAAACAAUUUUACAAGGAAAAGACUCAGGCUUGGUGAAUUUAGAUUCCAAAAUGAAGGAAUAUAUGUGACAUUGAAGUCUUGUAUACUGUGAGGGGGAAAAACCUACUUGAGCUCUGUUUUGUAAUUUGAAUGAAUAUGAGAUGCUCUGCAUUGGCUCUGCUCAACCAGUGCAGGUUUGGGUUGUUGGGUUUUUUUUAAAUUUGGUGGUGUAUCAAUUUGAACCUGAAAAACUGAAGUUUGGGCUCAUUUUUUAUAUUGGUGCAAGGCCAUGUAAAUUAUUGCCAUGUGUUCGUGAGGAGCAAGUCGUCCUAUGCUUUAGUACCCUUCUCUUCCAGCUGGCUGAUAAGACUGGAAGCAUGUUGUUCUCCCAACGUAGAUGAAAUGUCAAUUUCAAUGAUGCCAAUGUCAGUUGAGAAAUGGGUAUGUGGAAGAAUGGCAAAACCCACCCACAUGUUGUCUGUGUUCCUUAAAACAUAAAAUGUGUAAUAUUGUGCACCACUGAGAAUAUUUUUGAAGAUACUGUUUUGUGCAUCAGCAGUAGCUUGAAAAUAAUUUGAAGUUCUGGUCUCCCAAUAAGAAUUGUGAUUGCUGAACUAAUACUAUGCAGAAUUAUUCAGAAGUGAGUGGUAAGGUUAAAUGUGUGUGUGUGUGUGUGUUUGUGAUUCAGAAAGUUAAAUGUUAUACCUGUUUGUGUUUAACAACAAAACUUGUUUCUGAAUGUAUGUCCUCCUGUAGCCAUGUAUGCAGUAGGAUUGAUAUACAGUACCUCAUUGGUGUUUGUCUCUUCCUAAAAGAGUUACUUUCCUUUAUCAGUAUUCAUUUUAAUCAAAGAUGUUUAGUUGAGCUUGGUCUUGGGUCAUAACCGAGCAGAAAAAAGAAUAUGAUGAUCUCUAAAGUGAACUAUGUUGGCACGUGGCUUUGUCUUCCAAAAUGUACAGGGGCCAAGUGAUAGAAGCCGCUGUGAUUUUAAUUGAAGAUAGAGUCCUAUUCCUAGUGCUAUAUGCAUGCCCUGAUAACUGUGGUAUCCUGUAUUUGACCAUUGAUAUGUUACUCUAUUUUCUCAGUGUAGAAAUGUGGAACACAAAUGGUUUGCUAUGAAAAAUAUAUUCUUCUUAGAUAAUGUGAGCAAUAAUGCACAGGUUGAAAGAACAUGUUCAUUUACUUGGCUUUUUGUUAAUUUGCUUGACAUGUUUUAGGUACGUAUAUUUUGAAUUUACCUCUUGCAUUUUUCUCUGGUCUGUCUUCUGACGCACGUUGUUUGGUACUGACCCUAACUCAGUAGAACUGAUCAAAUUUCUUAUUUAAUGGAACUAUCUUCAGUAGUUUAAAAUCAGAUGAUCACUUUGUAUGUAUUCGAGUUGCAGUACCGUUUUCUUCUCACAUAUAAUCAUUAAUGCCAUUAUGGCAGUUUCAAAAAUAUUCUUUGGGUAAAGUUUUAAAUAUAAUAUUUUGUACAUUAAUAUUUAUCCUCACUGCGGAUAUUUGUGUGACAAUCUGUGCAGGCACAGUACUCAUCUGAGUAUGUGGAAAAAGGAGAGAGAGAAAAAGGGUGCUCUCCAGUAACCAGCUACAAGUCUACUAUAACUGUUCUGCUAAUAUGCUGAUGAAUUGAGUCCCACUGCUCUAAAAUUAAUUGGUCACUUAAUGUGUCACCUUUACAUUUACUUUAAAAGAAAAUAAAUUCAAUUAAUUUUGUUGUGGUUAGUGUUUAUGAAAGGAUUAAUUCUGGCACCCUUUAGGCUUGUCUGUACAGUGUGGCAAAGGGUGUGAUUUGUGAAGUGCUCUAACAUGUUGCAAUCUUUUUGUCCCAGAUAGACCCCACUGGUGCUCUCCAAAAGGUACCUAGUUCACGUUAACUUAGACUUCUUGAGAUCUUUUAGUGUGUGCCAGCAGGGUUUACGUGGGGCAGGGAGAGUGCAGCCUGUUAGUGCGCUUUACAAAUCACAGCCCUCUGGUGUGCUUUGCUGUGCCAAGUGGACAAGUCCUAAUUCAUAUGGAGCCAGAUUGUGCCAUCACCUUUUAAAUCCCCAGUUCAACAAAGCACUUAAGUACAUGCUCACGCCCAUCUCUGUUUAGGAAAGGACUUUUAAACAUGUACUUAACUUUGCACAUACUUAAUUUCACUGAAGUCUGAGUUUUGCUGAAUAGGGAUAGAUUUAAGUAUGAGUUUACGUGCUUUGAAGUAGGGCCUACAGCCAUUGAUACUGAACUCAAUGGGGAAUUUUGCUUAAAAGCUAAGAUAGAGCGGGACUAUUUGUGCACUAUGGUAGUACCCAGCUUGAACUGGCCCCUAAACAAAUAGCUACUCAGACUGGUUCAGCCUCAUUGUCAUGGAAUUCUCUCCUGGCAAGUAAAUUACUAUAAAGGAAAAGUGCUAUUUUGACUGUACAUGUUGCUCUCAUUAUUGGAUUUUUGUUUUUUGUGUUUUGUUUGUUUCCUGGGAAAGAAUGCAGUUCAAAGAAAAUGGACUGGGAUAACUGACGGUUGUGUGGGUUUUUUUUAAACUUUUAGGUAAUUUGUAUUGCAUAAAGGAAUUUAACAUCGAUUCUUCCUUUAAUGUUUCACUGACAUGAAAAGCUAAAAUGAAAAUGGAAUCCUCUUUUUGUGUUGUCUCUAUAUUUCAGUGGACUGAUUAGAAGGCAGUUGCUCCUCUAAAAUAGAUUGCAGCAAUAUAUUUACAGGAUAUAUUGAACUGAGGAGUGUAAAAGAAAAAAUAAGUUGGAUUUGGCUGGGUACCACUAUUAACUUAUAUUUUUCUGUUUAAAAAUCUGUAUCAGAUGGAAGAAGUACUGUCUAAUGUUCAGAAACGUUGUAGGUACCUCUUAAUUGAAAACUGGCAUAACUGUAUACUUGUACACUGGCACGGAAUUUAAAAACAGUUUUGUAACUAACACUUCAGAGAAUGCUCCUGUUUUCCGUCCUUUGUCAAAUCACACAGCAUUUGAAGUUCAGACACUUUUUAAACGUUGUUUCCUUGAUAUAUUGUCAUAGAUCAAAUACUAAAAAAUGAUUUGGGAAGUCACAAUUUAUUUGGUGGGAUUCAUUUGGAUAUUGCCUAGUUCUAGAUGUUCACUAUUUUUUCCCCCAGCAAUAUACUAUGACUAACUUUCACAAGCACUUGGAGAAAUUUUAGGCAGCAGUUUGAGGGUAUAGAAGAGAUUUCCAAAUAAUCACAUCAGAAAUCCAAUGGUUUCUUUACAAAGCUGUUGUUUUAUUCCCCUCUGAUUUUUGCAUGGUUUCUGUUAAGGUUUCAAGGUGCACAAAAUGUCCUUACCUGAAACCCAUAAGUGGAAUUUGUACUGUUUUAAAAAUGUUAGUUUUCUCUAUAUAUAGUCUGUUUUUUUUUAUACCGACUGACAGUACUGGAAUAUCAGAUUUCUAGAUCAGUUGUUCCCACCAUCAUCGUGUUUAGGAAAAUGAUACACUCUGAAGAUGUUCAAAUCAAGCAGAUUAAUAAAUGUAUGGGGUAUUUUUGUAUUUGAAUUAUGUAUCGUGUAUGUUUUUCAUACUUCAUCAACCAAACAAUAAGUAUUGUUUUCUACUUGUGAUAAAUGAAUGUUAAUUGCAAAUAAAUGUAUUGUUUAAUGGUUAACACAUUUUAUAUUUGAAAUCAGACUGAAAGUGUGUAAUG